AUGACAGAUCAAUUCGCUUACUCAUAUCCGUCGCCGUUGGAGGGGUAUGGGGACCUCGAGCCACUGACCGACGAGCGAAAUGAAGAUGGAAAAUCCCUCAAGAACCCUGAAACCGGCAUCCUAAGCAAAGCCUACGAAGAAUUCCCAGACCCAGUGAGCAAAGGCCGACGCGGCGGGUUCGAUGUGCACAUCUACCACUUUCAGGUAAACCUAACCCACCGACCCAUCAACCUGCUUCAAUUUCAGAAGAAUAUCAAGAUCAGAACUAACUCGCCUCAGACAAACCCAGACCAAGUAGCCUACGCCAAAGCUCUCCACGAAAGAAUCCGACGCGAAUUCCCCGAACUCCGCAUCUACAAAUUCUUCGACCAACCCAUCGGUCCGCACCCUGUUGCCAUGUUCGAAGUAAACGUAUUCACACCAGCGCAGUUCGGCGCUUUCAUUCCCUGGCUGGUGAUUAAUCGGGGCCAGCUCAGUGCGCUGAUCCACCCAAAUACGGAUAUAGAGGUGGGUCGAUCGGAAGGAGCGGAGGAGGAGCGUAAUCAUACGCAGCGAGCGACCUGGUUGGGGGAUAAAAUCCCAUUGGAUUUGAGGUUAUUCAAGUUGUGGAAAGAGAAGGAUCGGAAGGAGGAAGAAGAAAAAGAAAAGCAGGGGAGGCUGUGA